GGGCGGGUGGCAGCGGGAGCGCGGCCCGGCUCCGGUUCCUGCCCUCGGUUCCUGCCUCCGGACCCGGUCUCCCGGAGAGGUCCAGGCCUCGGUUCCUGCCCUUGGCGGGUUCCGCUGGGCUGUGCCGGCGGAUCCGGCUGAGCCCCCCGCCAUGUCGGACCCGAGCUGCUGGGGAGCCGCCCCGCCCGGUUACCGGGGCCAGCGGUCCGCCGGGGCCCUGCUCCAGCGCUCCAAGAGUUGCCGAAGCAGCAAUAGGAAGAGCUUAGUGGUGGGCACCCCCUCACCCACCCUCUCCCGUCCUCUCUCCCCUCUCUCCGUGCCCACAGCUGGCAGCAGCCCCUUGGACAGCCCACGCAACUUCUCUGCCAGCACCUCUGUCAACUUCCCCUUUGCUCGCAGCCAUGCUCCUCGGACUGACAGGGCUGAUGGCAGAAGGUGGUCACUGGCUUCACUCCCCUCCUCUGGCUAUGGGACCAACACCCCCAGCUCCACUGUCUCGUCGUCCUCAUCCUCCCAGGAGCGCCUGCACCAGCUCCCAUUCCAGCCCACCCCCGACGAGCUGCAUUUCCUUUCUAAGCAUUUCCGCAGUACGGAGAGCGUCACGGAUGAGGAGGGGCGGCACUCGCCCUGCCUGCGCCCACGAUCCCGGAGCCUCAGCCCUGGACGGACGAGUGGAACGUUUGAUAAUGAGGUUGUGAUGAUGAACCAUGUCUACAAAGAGAGGUUCCCCAAGGCCACGGCCCAGAUGGAAGAACGUCUGCAGGACACCAUCACGAACUUCUCACCAAGCAGCACUCUGCCACUGGCAGAUGGGGUGUUGGGCUUCAUCCACCACCAGAUCAUCGAGCUGGCCCGUGACUGCCUGGCCAAGUCCCAGGGAGCUCUCAUCACCUCCCGCUACUUCAUGGAGCUGCAGGAGAAACUUGAGAAGAUGCUCCGAGAUGCUCAGGAGCGUUCUGAGAGCGAGGAGGUGAAGUUUAUUGACCAACUGGUGAGGAAACUGCUGAUCAUCAUCUCCCGUCCUGCUCGUCUCUUGGAGUGCCUGGAGUUUGACCCAGAGGAAUUUUACCAUCUCCUGGAAGCUGCAGAAGGACAUGCCAAAGUUGGCCAAGGAAUAAAGACUGAUAUUCCCCGAUACAUCAUCAGCCAACUGGGGCUCGUCAAGGACCCACUGGAGGAAAUGGUCCAGCUGGAUCACUUUGACAGUGGAAACACCAUCACACCAGAGAACGAUGACACUUGUGAGAGCCAGCCUUCAGCCACUGUUCCUCGGAGGAAGCCCUGUGAGGGGGACUUUGAGACCAUCAAACUGAUCAGCAACGGGGCUUACGGGGCUGUGUACCUGGUGAGGCACAGGGAGACACGGCAGCGUUUUGCCUUGAAGAAAAUCAACAAGCAGAACCUCAUCCUGAGGAACCAGAUCCAGCAGGUGUUUGUGGAGAGGGACAUCCUCACCUUUGCAGAGAACCCCUUUGUGGUCAGCAUGUUCUGUUCCUUUGAGACCAAGCGACACCUCUGCAUGGUGAUGGAGUAUGUGGAAGGGGGGGAUUGUGCCACAUUGCUGAAGAACAUGGGUCCCCUGCCUGUGGACAUGGCGAAGAUGUACUUUGCUGAGACAGUCCUGGCCCUGGAAUAUCUCCACAACUACGGAAUUGUCCACCGAGACCUCAAACCUGACAAUUUGCUCAUCACCUCCAUGGGCCACAUAAAGCUGACUGACUUUGGGCUGUCAAAGAUAGGCCUGAUGAACAUGACCACAAACCUUUAUGAAGGGCACAUGGAGAAGGACACUCGGGAGUUCAUGGACAAGCAGGUCUGUGGCACUCCAGAGUACAUUGCUCCAGAGGUCAUCCUCAUCCAGGGCUAUGGGAAGCCCGUUGACUGGUGGGCCAUGGGCAUCAUCCUCUACGAGUUCCUGGUGGGCUGCGUCCCCUUCUUUGGAGACACCCCUGAGGAGCUCUUUGGGCAGGUCAUCAGUGAUGAAAUUAUGUGGCCAGAAGGGGAUGAGGCUCUUCCUGCAGAUGCCCAGGACCUGAUCACACGGUUGCUGAGACAAUGUCCCCUGGAGCGCUUGGGCACCGGAGGUGCACAGGAGGUGAAGCACCAUUCCUUUUUCCUCCACCUGGACUGGAACAGUCUCCUGCGGCAGAAGGCUGAGUUCAUCCCCCAGCUGGAGUCAGAGGAUGACACCAGCUACUUUGACACACGUUCCGAGAGGUACAGACACCUGGAUUCAGAGGAUGAGGAAACCAAUGAUGAGGAAUCAUCUGUAGAGAUCGGGCAGUUCUCCUCCUGCUCCCAUCGCUUCAGCAAGGUGUACAGCAGCUCUGAAUUCCUGGCAGUUCACUCCAACCUCAGCCUCUCCUCCUCUGACCGGAGUCACACCGACGACAAAGAGGAGCGAUGGGACAGGCACUCAGGGGAUGAGGAGAGGACCCAGCUGGCUGGCCCAGAGCCCCGGCUCCGCUCCUGGACGUCCUGCAGCUCCACUCCAUCCACCUCCCGGCACGAGCGGAGCCGCAGCCCCGCAGCGCUGCCCAGCACCUACAGCCUGGACACCAUGCCCAAGUUUGCCUUCUCCUCAGAGGAUGAAAGUCCUUGUGUGGCUUCCUCCAAGCCAGAGAAACCUAAAUUUGUCCUGGGAGACCCUGACAUGGGGACCUGCAGCGCGGCGAAGCCAUCGGCGUUAUCCGCAGAUCUCGUCAGCCUGAACCGCAUCCGCCUCCGGAGCAACAGCACAGGCACCAAAAACUCCACUCCCCGGGGCCUGGAGCCGGGUGGGAGCCGUCGGCUGAGCAGCCAGAAGGAUGUGGCAGAGCGGCAGCGCGCCUCGCCCGGCAGCCGUGUCCCUAAAUCUGCCUCUGUCUCAGCCCUGUCCCUCAUCGUCACCUCAGAUGACAUCGGUGGUGGUGCCUUGAUGAGCCCCAUCUCCCCACACUCCCUCUCAUCCAACCCCUCUUCCCGUGACUCCUCCCCAAGCCGAGACUCAUCCCUGGCCAUCGCCAGCCUCCGGCCUCCCAUCAUCAUCCACAGCUCCGGCAAGAAGUACGGCUUCACCCUGCGAGCCAUCCGCGUCUACAUGGGGGACAGCGACGUCUACACCGUCCACCACAUGGUCUGGAGCGUGGAAGAAGGGAGCCCGGCGCAGGAAGCGGGGCUGAGAGCAGGAGACCUCAUCACACAUGUGAACGGCGAGUCGGUGCUGGGCUUGGUUCACCGGGACGUCGUGGAGUUGCUGCUGAAGAGUGGGAACAAAGUGGCCCUGCGGACCACUGCCCUGGAGAACACCUCCAUUAAAAUUGGCCCCGCUCGGAAAAACAGUUCCAAAACAAGGAUGGCCCGGAGGAGUAAGAAGAGCAGGAAAAGGGAUGGCCAGGACAGCAGGAGAAAAUCCCUUUUCAAGAAGAUCUCCAAGCAGUCCUCAGUCCUGCACACCAGCCGCAGCUUCUCCUCUGGCCUCCACCACUCACUGUCCUCCAGUGAAAGCCUUCCAGAGUCCCCCACCCACAGCUUGUCCCCAGGUCCCCCGACACCCUGCCGCAGCCCUGCUCCUGACCUGUCCUCAGAUGCUGUGUCCCCACAGAGCACCUCUCCCUCCUCCAGCACCCCGACGUCACCCGCCGGCCACGUGCGUCCCAGCUCCCUGCACGGCCUGGCCCCCAAACUGGGGGGGCAACGCUACAAAGUGGGACGUCGCAAAUCCACCAGCAGCAUCCCCCCCUCACCCCUGGCCUGCACCCCUUCCUCUACCCAGCGCCCACCUUCUCCUCAACGCUCCCCAUCCCCUCUUCCCGGCCACCCCAAAAACCCCCAUCCCUUCCAGGGCAAGACCUUGUCCCCCCCCACCAUCGGCCGGCAGAGCUCCCGUCCCCGCAGCACCGAUUGCCCCCGCUCCCCCCUCCUCAAACGCGUCCAGUCGGCCGAGAUCGUCCCCGUCCUGGGGGAGAAGAAGACGUCGGGGGGGCGCAAGCUGGAGCUGCCCCCCGGGGAUGGGGAGGCCGUGGGGGAAGGCGAAACGCCACCGCUGUACCCCGGGGAGCACGGGUAUCACCUCCCCAGCACCCGGGAGAGGCACGACCGGGACCAGGAGAUGGUGGUGAUGCGGCGGUUGAACCUCUCCGAACGUCGGGAUUCCUUCAAGAAGCAAGAGGCCGUCCAAGAAGUGAGUUUUGAUGAACCAGAACCGACACCGGCGAGCGAAGACGAUGGGAAGAGCGAAACCGGGCAGGAUGGGGCUCUCCGGUGCGGAGCCAAACCCAACUCCGUGCCACAAAUCGCGGUGCAGGGCUCCGAGAGCGACGAGCAGGAGCUGGUGGCACCUGAGUGGGAAUGUCGGGGCUCCUAUCCCCUCGGGACCACCCCACAGCCACACAGCAGUGUCCCCACGCUGCGGUGGGAUGGAUGCGAGCACCGGAACUGCGGGGAGAAACCCCCCGGUCACCGGCAACCGGGGGGUGCUCAGCUCCCGGUCCCUCGUGGCAGCGCCUGGAGCAGGGCCGAGCAGGUCUGAGCUUGGGGAUGGCUCCAGAACACCCGCCCUCACCUUCCCCCCAAAAAACCCACCCUGCGUGGCCUAGCCCUCAUGUCACCAUCCCCGGAGGUGUCACCAUCCCCGGAGCCGGUUUGGACGUCGGCGCUGGCCCUGCCCCGGCCCUUCGCCUCCCCCGAGGGGUUUUUGUACUCCCUGAGAGAUGUUGAUAUUUUUAUAGAAAUGUGGGAGCUUUUCCAGGGGCGGCAGCGUUUCCCCACCUUUGUGUACAGAGUGGACUGGAUGCAAAUAUUCCUUCAUUAAUUUAUUACUUUUUAUAAGCUAAUUGGGCAGCGCAGGGCCCUCACGGUGUCCCCGGGCGUUUCCCAGCCGGAUAAGAUGACAUUUUCUAACCAUGCCAAGACUACUUCCCAACUUUUAACUUCAAUUUUAACUGGAAACACCCCAAAACUCCUAAAAAAAAAUCCCAAAACAUCAGGGAGGGGUAAUUUUCAUAUUUAUAACAUAAUAUAACCUAAAACCACACCAAAUCCCCCAACAACAUCCCUGAAACCGUGGUGGUCCGAGCUGAGAUGUGCACGGGUGGGUUUCCAUGCCUCAGGGUCAUCCUGUGAUGACCUUACAGGGAAGCUGGAGAGGUGGAUAGUGGAUGUAAAGGGAAAUCUGGGAACUUCUGCCUUUUCUUCCCCCUCCUUGUUGCUUUUUAUCCAACGAACCACCCCCCAACCCAGCAUUUUUCCCCCAUUUCUACCAUUUUCUACAAUGUUACUCUCUCCAUCCCUUGACGCAUGUACUGACUUCCCCCCCUCCCACUACUCUGGGUCAGGAGGGGAGGGGACAGUCCCCUCUUUUCCCACCCCACUUCCAUCACCACCCAAGCAGCCAGGUGGAUUUUUCCAGCUGCAUUUUGGAUUCGUUUGUGCGCAUGUGGUUUGUGCCAGGCUCCAGAGACCGUUUUUUUCUUCCCAUUAAACCAGCGCCGUUUCUUCCUUCCCAAAAAAAAAGAACAAAAAAAAAAACAACCCCAAGCAGAUGGAGCCACUCUGUGUUUCCUUUGCUUCUCCUUCCACCAUCUGCACGGGAAGGGCUUGGGAUGGCAGCAGGAUUAUGGGGAGACACUGGGCACCCCAUGCCUGCCAGUGUGGGGGGAACUGGGAACUGGAUACAGUGGGAAAAAUGAGGGUUUUUUAAUGGAAAAUGGGAAAAGCCAAAGGCUGGUGUCUGCCUGCCUGCAUCCGGCUCCGUUCUCACCCCCUGGGAAAGUUUUUGGGUGUAUUAAAGUUCUC